AUGGCGGACUGGGCGGGGCUCCACGAGGACUUCCUCCUCCUGCUCGUCCCGCGCCUGCCCUCCCUCGACCUCCGCACCUUCCGCACCGUCUGCGCCUCCUGGCGCGCCGCCGCGGCCACCUUCGCCUCGGCCGGCGGCCGCCCGCGCCCCGACCGCCCCUGGCUCCUCCUCCCCGCCGACGCGCCCGACCCGGAAUUUCGCCGCCUCGCCAUCUGCCGCGACCAAGAGGUCCCCGUCGUCACCCUCCCCGCGCGCCUCGGCCGCGCGCACGACCGCCGCCUGUUCCCCCUCGGGUCCUCCCGCGGCGUCAUCGUGGCCGCCGACGACCACGGGGCCAUGCACCUGCUCGACCUCGCCACCGGUCGGCGCGCGCCUCUCCCCCCCGUCGCCGCGCUCCCUCUCGCCGACCGCGUCGAGAGGACCCCUGCCGGCCUCAGUGUCCGCCUCAAACGCGACCCACGGGUCUACUCCAUCGACGGCCUGAUCCACCGCGACGACACCCUGAUCCACAAGGCCGUCGCGGUGCCCACGCCCGGUGGCGGGGCGAUGGUGAUCGUCAUCUACUCCCCGCAUAGCCAUCGCCACCAGUGGGCCACCGCUCGUCCCGGCGACAGCACCUGGAAAUCCGUGAAGCCGAGCAGCAUCCCCGCCGUGGUGGACCUGGCGCUCCACCGCGGCCAGCUCUACGCCAACACCCUCUUCGGGAUGGUGUACGUCUACCCGGAGCUGCACGGGCUGGGCUCCGCGUCCCCGGAUAUCAUCCCGUCCGAGACGCGGAGGCCAACCUCGCGCGUGGAGAGCAGCUUUCUCGUGCAGACCCCCGGCGGCGGCGCGCUGAUGCAGGUGGAGCGUGUCAACCCGGUGGCGCCGGCCGAGAGCGAGGAGUUCGUGGCGCCAGCCGAGGGCGAGGAGUUCGUGGUUCGCGUGCUGGACGAGUGCGGCGGGACGUGGGAGGAGGAGGAGGACAUCGGCGACGUCGCGCUGCUCGUGGAUGCGUCCGGCGCGGUGGCCGUGUCCACGCGGGAGUGCCCCGGGCUACGGCCCAGCACCAUCUACUACGCGGACCUCAACGGUGGCGAGACACGGGUCCGGGCGUACAGCCUCGCCGGCAAGCACAAGAAGGUCGAGGUCGUCGAGUCCCUCCCGGGGGCGGAGGGAAACAAGCGGCCGUGCUUCUGGUUCACGCCGGUCUAUUCACAGUGA